AUGCUCCCGGGCUCUCGACCUUCUAUUGCGCUGCUUGCCAAAUCCUCAAACUCACUGAGCUCCCUCUCCUGCUACUCCAGGUCAAGGCUCACACCCCGCACUUCACGUUCCUCAGUCGGAGUUAGAGCGAUGUCGGCGACCACAGCUCGUUCAGACCCGUUCCGUCCUGCGCAAAGGGUCGCAGGUCAGCGACAAGAUGUUUGGUCUAUCGUCAAUGAAGCUGCUGCUGCCUCUCCCGUCCAACCCAUCGUAAACAUGGGACAAGGCUUCUUUGGCUACAACCCACCGAAGUUCGCCCUGGAUGCCGCAAAGGCUGCCCUCGAUCGAGUUGAAUGCAAUCAAUACUCCCCGACUAAGGGUCGCCCGCGCCUGAAGAAGGCUCUCGCCGACGCAUACUCGCCAUUUUUUGAUCGCCAGCUGAACCCGGAUACCGAAGUCACGAUCACCACUGGCGCAAACGAGGGAAUGUUGAGCGCUUUCAUGGGAUUCAUCGAGCAAGGAGAUGAGGUUAUUAUUUUCGAGCCCUUCUUUGACCAGUAUAUUAGCAAUAUCGAGAUGCCUGGCGGUACUAUCCGAUAUGUUCCCCUUCAUCCUCCAAAGGAUGGCGCUACCAGAACAUCGCCUGCGUCUGAAUGGAGCAUUAACUUUGAUGAACUGGAGAAGACAAUAAACUCCAAGACUAGAAUGAUUGUUCUGAACUCACCCCACAACCCCGUUGGAAAGGUUCUCUCUCGCGACGAACUGGAGCGCAUUGGUGACCUCGCCGUCAAACACAACCUUAUCAUCCUCUCCGAUGAGGUUUACGACCGUCUUUUCUACGUUCCGUUCACCAGAAUCGCCACGAUUAAACCAGAAUUCUAUGAGCGUACGCUCACGGUGGGCUCCGCUGGAAAGGCCUUCUACGCCACGGGCUGGCGUGUGGGCUAUCUGAUCGGUCCUGAACAUCUGAUCAAGUACGUUGCCGGUGCACACACUCGCAUCUGCUACAGCAGUGUGUCACCCCUGCAAGAGGCAGCCGCCGUUGCCUUUGAGGAGGCAGAUAAGGAAGGAUUCUGGGACGAGAGCCGAACAGAAAUGCAGAACAAGGUUAAGCGUUUCUGUGAAGUCUUCGAUGAGUUGAACAUCCCUUACUCGGACCCCGAAGGUGGUUACUUCGUUCUUGCGAACAUGGCCUCUGUCAAACUCCCAGAGGAUUACCCAUUCCCUCCUCAUGUCGCGAGCCGGCCCCGCGACUUUAAGCUCUGCUGGUUCCUGAUCCACGAAGUUGGUGUGGCUGCUAUCCCCCCGACAGAGUUCUAUACCGAUGCAAACGCGCAUAUCGCUGAGGAUUAUCUCCGUUUCGCCGUUUGCAAAGAGGACAACAUCCUGGAAACUGCCAAGGAGAGACUCCGCGGCUUGAAGAAGUACAUUGUACGGUGA